AAACCUCCAACAUUUUUCGUCAAUUUCCGUAAUUUUUAAUGUUUUUUCGUGAUUUUGCGUGUUUUUAAAUGAAUCCUCGUAUAUUCCGUCCCACAUUGGUGCUCAUCGUUUGUUGAAUUUGCUCCCGUGUCGUGCAAAAACCCUUAAAAAUAUUAAUUUCAUGCCAAUUUCGACCUAAAUGAAUAAAUUUUGUGUUCUGUGUGGUGCAAGAAAUGGAGGAAAGUACGGAACAAAAUAAUCCGAAUAACAGUGAAAGUGCUCAAGUGCAAAAGUCGGAAGACAAUGGAAAGCAGCAAUCGUCGUCGUCGUCGUCGCUGGGAAAGCGUCGAAAAUCGCAAAAAUCAAAGAAAUCGCAUGCCGCGUCGUACAUCGAUCCGAACAUAAACUACAAAAAUCUCGACGAAUGGCUCGAAAAUUCGAUCAAGGGCAUGCAGCUCGGCGGUGCAGCGGAAAAUUUCGCGCCUCCGAUGAACGGAUCGCCGAUCCCAAGUGCCUUCGCGAUGCCAACUAAUCCAUUCAUCAAUUCGCAUCCGUUAUUUAAUCCCAUUUUGCCGCCAUAUAUGGCAACAGCGAGACCAUAUGAGCAGAUGAUGAAUCACUCAAAUUUGUCAAACUUUGCGAAUCCAAUGUCAUCAUCGCAGUACGAGUACACGAGUCUCCCACCCAUGUCGUCGUCGUUCAACAACAGCAACGGUAUGAGUCAAACAGUGAACGGCAGUCACAAAGACACGUCAAGCAGGUCAUCAACAAACAACAAUGCAACGGCAGCUACUCCGUAUCUUCGUUAUUUGAGCGGAGACGCUAAUUCGAUGUUCAUGGGACGACAACAUCCCGUUGGUCCGCAACCGUCGGCAUCAACGCCAAAUCUCCUGUCGUCGGAUCACAAUAAGACGACGGCAACAAAUACGAGUGACGAGAGCGAUGACACGAAAGAAAGUACGAGUAUAUCUAAAGCAAGCCUUAAGUUAGACGAAUCCCAAAGCAAUAAUAUUCCAAGUUUGACGAAAAAUGACCUGAUGAAUGCCUUAAAUGAUAAUAAUAAUACGAGCGCAAACAGCAAUACGCUGCUCUUGAGUUUGAUGAAGCAAAUGAGCAUGUUGCAAGAGACUAACACGAAAAUUUUUCACAAUUUGCAGGAAACGAAAGUUGAAUUGGAUGCUUUGAAAAUGAAUAUGAAUGCACCAUUGACGUGGGGUUUGAGACACCGUAGAGAUAGUAUAAGCGGCAUGAGUUUACAUUCGCAACCCGUUGGUCACGUAAACAGCGGAUAUCCGGGAACACAGAGUCCUGCGCCAACUUAUCACUCAACAGGAAAUUACCAACCAGGCGUCGUCACCGAUGUAAUACGAGAAGUAAGAGAGGGAACGCGUGUGCGUGAAGAAGCUUUGUUAAAUCGCGUGAAAAAUAUGAUCGAGGAACGUCAAUGGUCGAUUAACGAGACAAAUUUACGUGUCGUUCGUGAAUUAGAAGAGCUAAAAAUCCAAGUUCAUCAAAUUCGUCUCGACAACAAACACACCGAGGAUAAAGUAGCUCGUCUCGAAAGUGAAUUAACGUCGCUUCGUAACGUAAUGACGCAUUCCAUGAGUUUUAUGCGCCCAACGUCGGCUAAUUUCGACUCUAAUGAUCCCGUUAUGCUGCGACGCGGUUCAAAUUUUCGCGAUGACCAAAAACGAUUGAGUUUAAGUUUCAAUCCCAUGUCUCCGGAGCAUCAUUUGCUGCGACAAGAUGACAACGACACGCAAUUGGUGCAACUGGAACGAGAUACUCUCGAGUUACGACGCGAACUACAAGAUGCGAUUGCCAACAAAAAAGCUUCAGAGAACAAAAUUUUGGCUCUCGAAAAACUUGUUACUUCGUUGAAACAUCGCAUGCCCGUUAACAUCCCCGUGCAGGAAAGUUACCAAGGAAUGACAUCAACACUCGAACAAUCGACGUCGCCAACUCCGCAAAAGGCUGUUUCCGUGCAAAGUGUCACGCCGAAAUCCAUUCUCACGAACAGCUUGAGCUUAAAUGGACCCGUAACUGAUUUGUAGUUACUUUUCUUCCAAAAACCCCCGAAUGCGAGAAAAUUGACUUAAAUACUCGAACAAAAAGUAUUGCGAAAAAAGUUCAAAUGAAGUGCCAUUAAAUUAAUGAAGCAGAACAAAUUCUUGGCACCUACGAAUAGAAAAAAAUUAAAUAAAAAAGACAAUACCCUUAAAUUUUAGCAAUUAACGAGUUGCCUUAAAAAAUGAUUCUAAAGGACUUGUGUGAGAAAUUCACAAAUUUCACCAUUUUUUGUUAGUUUUUAGUUUGAUGCAACAUACAUUCACCAAUAUUUUUAAAAGUAAAUGUGUCUUGAAUUACUUUUUGUUUUGUUAUUCACGCAGAGCACGUUUUUUUAUUUUUCUAAUUAAUUCGAACGAUAGUUACACACUUUACUUAUAUUACCUUAAAAGUACUAAUAAUUUAUUUUAAAAGAAAAAAAAGUUUUAUUUUGUAUGCAAUAUAUAUGUCUACUA